AUGUGGCCUGCAAGUAUGCCAGGCAGCAUCCUUCACACCGCUGAAGUGCCCGCCUUCGACCCGCGCACCGGCCAGCUCUCCCUCGCCUCCCACGACCUCAUCUCAGCACCUCUCUCCCUCGCCGACGUUUUCCCGCCCGAGUACACUCUCUUGUUCGAUCCGUCGCCGUCCAGACCGUACGGGACAUCGACCAGUGCCGCAGACGCAGACCAGCCGGCCGGCCAGUCGAGGAGGAAGCGUCGACGCCUCGCUCGACCCGACGAGACCGCCUCGCCGCUCGACUGGAUUCGACACCGCGAGAAGGAGGCGACGCGAUCAUCGACGGACAAGGAGAGCGACGAGCACCAUGCAGCGAUCGAAGCGGAGCUUGGGACGGCGGUUGAGGCUGUUCGUGCAGGUUGGAUGGGGAAAGGCGAGGAUGCUUGGAUGGGCGAGUCGAAAGGGCGGUACGAGUGGCGCGAGAAGGAGGACGAGGAUGUGAAGGAGGAGCUCGACUUGGUUGGGCUGGGCGAGCGGUUCGCGCCAGCUUUGGACGAACCACCAGAACCGCUUCUCCUCAGCGAAUCGCGUUCUACGGUCUCAGCCGCUGCGCUGUUUCAUCGCAUCGUCCGGAACGAUGGCUCGAGCUGCAUCAGUCUCGACAUUGAGGUGGAUGCCAGCGAAGCCACGCCAACAUCGAAGGCGACCGUCAUCCUCCCGCCCUCGAGCGGUUUCCUCCUCUCCCAGCUGGCCACCUGGCCCGCUUCAGCCCCGAGCAUUGCUUCGCUUGGCGGUGAAAAGGGCGGCUGGGACGUCCUCAUCGUCGAUCCGCCCUGGCCCAACGCUUCGGCUACGCGCUCUUCUAGCUAUGACACCUUCGAUCCUUAUGACCUAUGGAAGCUCGACCUGCCGACUAUGCUAGGCGAUUCGCCAACUCUCGUCGCCUUCUGGCUGACGAACCGAGUCAAGUUCCGACGACUGCUCAAGGACAAGCUCUUCCCGGCGUGGCGGAUCCAGCAGUCGGCGGAGUGGUACUGGAUCAAGAUCGCCUCCGAGACGGGAGAGCCAGUGUGGCCACUCGACGCCAAGCACCGUCGCUGCUACGAAGGCGUGCUCCUUGGCUACUACGUACCGCUCGGCACGAAGGUCGACCUCCCUACGCUGCCGCAGAACAAGGUCUUCCUGUCCACGCCCAUCGGUCAUUCUCGCAAGCCCUUCAUCCUCGACCUUCUCAGGCCAUACCUCCUCCCGCGCGACAGGCCGCCCAACGUCCUCGAGCUCUUCGCUCGCAUGACUCUACAAGGAUCGUUUCGUCGGUCAGCGACGGAUGAGGACGGCGAGGGAGACCAGCAGAAGCCUGGUAUCUUCCUUGCGGUCGGGAACGAGGCGAUCAAGUUCAACAUCGUCGACGGUUCGGCCGCUGCAGGCAGUGUGCGUGGGUGGCUGAGGCGGCAGGAGGACACUGAGCGGGUGUGCGCAGCAGAAGAGGCAGUAUGA